UUUCCCAGGGGGUGCCACGAAAUUGCUUUUCUAGGCACUUUUUCGCACAACAGCCCACGGCCUAGUACCGCCCCUUUCUUUUAAUCAGGAUAGAAAAUUGCUGCAGCGAACACAUGAGAAGUUUGGUACUCCGGAGAACAACACAACAUUACGACUUCUCUAUUACCCAGUAAUGACAGAGCUGAAGGAAGGACAAAUACGUUUGGGAGAACAUAGCGACUACGGAACUAUCACGCUUUUAUUCCAAGAUCAAAGCGGAGGAUUGGAGGUAAUUCUAAGGAGAAUAAACUAACUUUAUUUAUACUGUAUAGCUCUAUCAGUUCUAAACAGUUUUUCCUUGAGAUCCAGUCGUAAGGAUCAUCUCUUAUUGUUCCAAUGUUGUACAGGAGGAAACUUAAAUUAUUAAACUAACUUUAUUUAUACUGGAUAGUUAAUUUAUAUAAUUUGUAAUAAAAUUUUAAACUAAGUUCUUUGACUUUGUAGUUUUGCAUGGUGAACAACAAUAUAAGUUUCGUUUUGUGGAAACACCACGUAUAUUUAUUAAACGAAACUUAUAAGUUAUAUUGUAAGUGUUUUCCUAGAGGUCCAGUAAGGGUAGCUUGCUUGUACUGAUUGACUUUGUUUGAUGAAAAUUCCGGGCAAUGAGCAGACUACGUACGUAAGGACUAUCCAUCCCUCAAGAAUGCAACUAAUCUUUCUGAAAAGCUCAACUUUUGUUUGAAACACAGAUACGCCAAGAACAAGGAUUCGUGUCAGCCCGUCCUAUUGAGGGGACAAUCCUAGUCAACAUUGGAGAUUUGUUACAACGCUGGACGAAUGAUAAAUUAGUAUCAACGGUACGUUCACUUAGUUGCAUGUAAUCAAACCAGUUGAAAAUGGUUGCAGUGCCACGCAGUAUAGAUUGUACAUAAACCUCAGAACUGUUGACACUACACACGAUAAAAAUCUCACACUUUGUCAACAAAUAUUGUCUUCGCAACAGGCUUGUAGCAAGAUUGUCAAUCAACAAUGCUAUUAUUUUAUUAACUGAAGUGAAGACAGGGUUAAUUGUCACUCACAACUUGUUGAAUUGCAGGACGACAAUCAAGUUAUUGCAUGAAACAACUUGUAACCAGUCAGUUAUUCUCUGUUACAUAACAGCAUUGUUACAACUUGUUGACAAGCUUGCUACAAGCCUGUUACGAACACGUCUUGUUGACAAAUUGUGAGAUUUUUACGUGGGUAAAACUGUUGUUUCUUGUUCAGAGGCAUCGUGUUGUUAUCCCAAAAGAAGAGUUACGGCGCCAAACUGCGCGUCAAUCAGUCGUACUAUUUGUCCGUCCCGAUAAUGACGUCGUGAUCGAAUGUCUGGAUGGCUCGGGUCAUUAUCCACCCAUAACAGCACUGGAUUAUCUCAACCAGAGACUCAAUGCAACAUAUCGGUAGCAUUAUGGAACAUGAUGGAAUAUGGAAAUCACACGAUUGAUAAAAUUUAAUUCUAGGUUAGUUAGAGAAGGGUUAGUCAGUGUAGGUAGUGUCUGUUAAGAAUAGAAUAAUUAGUUUAGUGAUGAUCAACUACAAACGGUAAAAAUCUCACAACUUGUCAACAAGAUGUGUUCGCAACAGGCUUGUAGCAAGCUUGUCAACAAGUUGUAACAAUGUUGUUAUUUCAUCAAGUUGCUACAAGGUUGUCACUCACAACUUGUUGACAAAUUGUUGAAUUGCAGGACAAUAACAAGUUGUUGGAACAAUUUGUAACGCGUCUGUUGAACUCGACAACCUUGUAGCAAGUUGUCUUCAACAAGCCGUUGACAACUUGUCAACAAACUGCGUGAGAACAAGCAGUGCGAACACAUCCUGUUGACAAGUUGUUGGAACAGCAUUGCUAAAUUUGCUACAAGUCUGCUGCAGCUUUGUUAGAAUUAGGUGUAGUUUUAGUAAUUAGUUGAACUAAUUUGUAAACACAUAAUUUAGCGUAUCCGCUAUUGAAAUGUGGAAAAUAAAGCUGAGCGGAAGUUAGUAUUCCGAAAUAUUUAGGAUAUAGUGGAAACACAUAGUGGAAACACAACAAAAACAAAGAGCAUGGUUUU